UGGUACAAACUUUAAGAUUUUUUUUUAAAAUUUUGCUGUGAUUUGUGAUAUAAAUAUGGUUAAGAAGGAGAAAAUUAUUGUCAAAAGACCAGAAUUCUAUGUUUUUGCUCUUCUAGUGGUUAUAACAAUGGCUAUUAUAACACUAAUUGUUGCCAUCAAUGUCUACAUCUGGAAUAAAGUCAUUGAUUUUGGUGAUAAUGGUUGGCGAUUCAGUAGUAGACUUAUUGUAUAUCAUCCCUAUAUAAUGACAACAUUUCUCAUUAUUUGUGGUCAUUCACUUUUGGUUCACAGAAUCGGAUUUAGUCUUAGGAUUAGUGCACGACUUAUGCGUAUAAUACACGCAUCACUAAACGUGAUGACAAUGCUUCUGGGGUUAUGUCCCAUAUAUACCAUAACACAUGCCUUUUGGACCCACAGAAUUGCAAAACCAUUUUAUUCAAUCCACUGUUGGAUUGGUGUCAUCACUCUUAUAGCAUAUAUAUGUCAAAUAUUUGUCACUUUGUCUUACUAUUCAUUGUCAUCAACUACUCCACAGAUGACUAUUAGCUAUGAAUCUACUCAUAAGCUAAUUGGUUAUGCAUUGAUAUGUAUGAUAUCUCUGACUUGUAUAAUAGGAAUCAGUGAAAAAAUGCCAAUUAUUUUCUGA